AUGUCGAUACACGCACCAGAGAUCCCUAGGAUGCACGAUGGGGAGAAGAAACCUUCUCACACCCAGGAGAGCUACGUUACCACGGACAUCGAGAGUGGUACUGUACUCCCUGAGUACGACCAAAAUGGACCGCUCGAGUUCGAGGAANAGAAGGACCUCAAGCGUGGCUUGAACCAGAGAACUAUUCAGAUGAUUGCCUUAGCCGGGACUAUUGGAACUGGCUUGUUCUUGUCCUCAGGCAAGGCUAUCUCCAGAGCUGGUCCGUUGGGAGCCUUUCUCGGAUACACCAUUGUUGGCUUCCUGUGCUCAGGGGUUGUCAUGUCCAUCUCAGAAUUGAGUGGAGGCGUCACUCGUUAUGCCGAAUACUUUGUCGACCCCGCCCUCUCCUUUGCCAAUGGUUGGAACCAAGUCUAUGCAAACCUGAUUAGCGUACCUGCGGAAUUGUGCGCCGCUGCCGUCUUGUUCGAGUUCUGGACAUCAUCUGUUAGCAACGGUGUCUGGAUCACUGUUCUCGGUGUAUGUCUCAUUGCAUCCAAUAUCGCCUUCGUCCGGAUUUAUGGCGAACUCGAAUUCACUUUCGCUACGUUUAUCGGUUUUGCAUAUUGGAAGCACCCCGGGCCUUUCGUUCAGUAUCUAGGCGUGUCUGGCUCGCUGGGACGUUUUCUCGGGUUCUGGACUACUCUGAACAAUGCCGUCUACUCAUACUCGGGAAUUCAAAACAUUUCCAUCGCAGCCUCCGAGACGCAGAACCCACGCAGAAACAUUCCCAAGGCAGCCAAGAGAAUUUUCGUGCGCGUAUUGCUCUUUUACGUCCUCACUAUCUUCAUGGUCGGUCUCGUGGUGCCUUCCAACGAUAAGCACUUGCUGAAGUCCACUGGUACUGCUUCGCAAUCGCCUUUUGUCAUUGCUGCAACUCGAGCUGGCAUCAAGGUCGUUCCAUCAAUCAUCAAUGCAGUCAUCCUGACUAGUGCUUGGAGCUCUGGCAAUGCUAGUAUGCUCGCCGGCUCUCGUAUUCUCUACGGCAUGGCAAGAGAAGGCCGCGCACCCAAGAUCUUCAAGAAAACCAACCGCUUCGGCAUUCCUUGGGUCGCCGUCAGUUUGUUCGGCAUCUUCUUGUGUCUCGCAUACUUGUCGCUGUCUAGUGGAGCUAACGUGGCUUUCACCUGGCUGCAGGAUCUUGUUGCUGUGGCGGUUAUAGUAGAUUGGAUGGUCAUUUGCGCGGUAUACCUCCGCUUCUACUACAGCAUGAAGAAGCAAAACAUCUCCCGUAGCGAGCUCCCGUGGGCUGCUCCCUUGCAACCAUAUCUUGCAUGGACUUCGCUCAUCAUCUUUGGCAUUUUGCUGCUGACUGGUGGCUAUGUUACCUUCAUGCACGGGCACUGGAACACUGAGACUUUUGUCUCGAGUUACUUCAACAUUCCACUGUUCUUGAUCCUGUACUUUGGGUACAAGUUUAUCAAGAAGACUCAGAUUGUUCCUUUGGAAGCAUUGCCUAUUCGCCAUUUCAUUGAUAUCGCGAACGCCAAUCCUGAGGCUCCUGAGUUGCCGAAGAAGGGAUGGCACAAGUACAACUUCCUGUGG